AGCAGACGGUAGCAAGGUCACACUUAACAAAAUGUCAUAACAACAAUGUCGUUCAUAGAUAAAUUAAACUACUAUACCAAACGAAAAUCGUUUAAAUAUGGCAUACCCUUCCUCAUCAUGAUUGUGGCCGGCUCCUUCGGACUACAGCAGUUCUCGAACCUCAGAUAUCAGUACACCAAGAAGCAACCGGUGACGCCGGAUGAGAUGAAAAAGUACGGCGUGAGCAUGAAGAACCGCCAGGAGGUAACGCUGGAGUCGGAGUACGACAAAGUCAAGUCCGUGGACAUAGAACACUGGGAAAACAAACGCGGUCCACGUCCCUGGGAGGAAGAGGGUCUGCCGUCGACAGCAAAACACUAGACAUUAUGUUUCCUGAACAUAAACACUUUUUUAAAGCACACAUUUUGCUUGUUGAACAAUGGUCAUAGUCAUAAAUAAAUAAAUAUAAACAAUUGUUAA